UUCAUCAAAUCUUCUUCUAUCUCCUUAUAACACAAACACACCAAAAUAUAAUGAUGAAGUCCUUCAAGACCCUCUUCCUUGUGGCCAUGUUAAUGGCUUUGGCCACUACUCUGUCAGCAACAUCUUCAGAAACUGAAGAACCAAAGUCUGUCCGAGGAAGAAGCCGGUUCCUUUCGCAGAAUGGAAGGGUGGCGUUGACAUGUGACAAGAACCCUAAGAUUUGCCUUAUUAAAGGCAGCGCAGGCCCUGAUUGCUGCACCAAAAAAUGUGUCAACUUUUCCACAGACAGACUUAACUGCGGGAGGUGUGGAAAGAAAUGCAGCUUCGGAAAGAUAUGCUGCGAAGGCAAGUGUGUGAACCCUAAGACUAAUGAGAAACAUUGUGGGAAAUGUGGAAAUAAGUGCAACGCCAAAGGUUCAUGUGUUUAUGGGAUGUGCAGCUAUGCAUAGAAUUUGAAACAGAUUGACGAGCAUUCUUUCGACCAAUUAAGAUUGAUCAUUUUGAUUUGUGAUCCACAAAGCAGCCAUCAGCACUUGAGGAGUGCUGCUAGUUAUAUUAAAAUUUGUUCUUAAUCUGCAUUAUUGGUUUGUACGAAUAAUAUAUUUCUUAAUUGUUAAUUACCUGAUUGAUUCUUGUAAUUGGUUUUUAUUUUUUAUAUAUGAAAUAAAUAAUUACAUAUAUGUUC